UUACGCGCGCAGCGCCGAGUGUCUGCCGUCCUUUACGUCGUUAUUACAACGUCAACAACUCCAUCAUCUCACUGACAGAGUCUGGCAGACUAGAGGAAAACAUUUUGGCCGAGAGGGAGUUAGAAUGAACGGCAUGGUUUGUGUGCUGUUACAUCACCUGCCGUGCUUCAUGGAGUCUGACAGAAAAAGUUUCCAGCCCUGGAGAGACUACAUAGGGCUGUCGGACACAAUUAGAGGGAUCCUAGGCCGGCACACGGCCACUGAGUCCUCCCUGCCGCCCCCCAAAGCUCCACAGUCAGAGUCUGAUGACCUGUGCCAGGCUCUGAUGUCUGUGCGCAUUAACCAAGUGUGCCAAAGCAGCGAGCUCGGGGCAAACUGCGCGCCAGAUCUCCCCUGUGGAUCCACGGUGCCGCCGGGCUCUGUAGCUCAUCAACGCGCACCUGAUGGUUUGUGGUUCGCUGCAGAUCACUUCCACGAUCCACAAAGCGCGGUGGAUUUGAAGCCAAGACCAACAAGCUCCCGGGGGCCUAAAGAGCGCAAGAGGAGCAUUCGCUUCAAAACACCGGAUCCGCCGGCAUCACCCGCGUCACCUGAGCGCAUGUUCUGCAGUUUCUGCAAACACAACGGAGAGUCCGACUUGGUGUGCGGAUCCCACUGGCUGAAGAACCAGGCCGGGGAUGUUUUGUGUCCCUAUCUGCGGCAGUAUGUGUGUCCCCUGUGCGGAGCCACGGGGGCCAAAGCUCACACCAAGCGCUUUUGUCCGAAGGUAGACAGCGCUUACAGCUCCGUGUACGCCAAGUCCAGACGCUGAACCAGCAGGAGGCAGGUAGCAAAAGGACACAGAAGGCUGAAACUUCCCUUUAUCGAGUGCGCUUUCCUUUAUUCUCACGUGUAUGCGGUUUGUUUUUCAUUUGCAUGUUUUGGCACGUUUGCUGUGUAGCCUUCUAUCGAGCUGAUCGGAGUUAUUUUCCAGCUGGUCUUCUUGUCGGCCUCGCCUUCUCUAACAGCGUCCGAUUGUUUUGGUACUUUGAAUAACGACUGCCAGAUAUUAUGUUUGGGAGGAUUAAAAAAAAAGAAGGAAAAAAGACACAUAUUAAAGAGAAAUGCAAGUUUUAUUUUUAAAUAAGACAUAUUUUUUAACACGUGGCCACUAAAUGUCCAGUUUCAUAACCUCCUGUCCAUGCAUUAAGGGAUUAACACACUAUUAAACCUAAGACAUGCAGUCAUCAUCAGUAAUAACUUUAAUACAUCAUGUGACCAUGUCAGUAUUUUAACACUAUUAUUAUUUUAAUUCAAACAUGAGUGAGGUGUUCUUGUUCUGUACCUGUUCCUGAGGCAUGUUGUUUUAUUUUGAGUAUUGUAUGUGUGGCUCUUCUAAAAUGCCAUUUCAGGGCUUGUCACUUUGAGAAGACAAAUGUGUGUGAACAAUUCAGUGUGAAUAUUAUUAUAUGUGUGAAUAU